UUAAUAUGACAUUCCAGUUUAAUUCAAUUAAAAUAAUAAUACAUAUUUUGAUGUAAUUAUGCAUAUUUUGUUUCACACAAAAAGUCAAAUGCUUUUGGGAAUAUUUCAAAUAUGCGCGAGCUGAUCUGCUGAUGUCGAUGAAAUUAUUAGAGUAGAUCGAGGAAGCAUCUGAGCCGGAACAAUUUGUGAUCUAAGAGUUAUUUGAAAGUGAAUCACGGAAAUGACGAUGUGUAAAAUGAAAUAAAACCGUAACUUAAAAAUUUUAAUACUAUAAAAGUGUGCUUAUUUGUCUAGUGAACGGUAACACUUAAUAAUAACUGGAAUUAUACAGAAAUGUGAUUGUGCUUAAAAAAUAAAGUUAUAUUUACUGAAAUGGCUACCUGGGUGUGGUUGGCUGCUUUAUUCUGCGGAUGUCAAGCCGCAGUGUUGCCACCACCUUGGGCUGAUGUGAGAAGGAAUCCUUGCGCUGCUCAUCCGAGAGGAUGGUUGAUGCUGUAUUGGCCAUCGGAUGGAAAAUGUUAUACUAUAUACAAGAAAGGACAUCCGUGUCCAGACACUCAAGAGCUGAGUCCAGGGCGCCUGGGUGGUCGGACGGUGGCAGAGUGCAAAUGCCCGCCAGGUACCGCACAGCUCCCACACACCAAAACUUGCCACAAGCUGUUCCAACGUGGUCCUUGCCGGCACGGAGAAUACUUCGCUCCUGUAGAAGAGUCUUUUAACAUGCGAGGUGAACGUCAAGGUAUGUGCGUGAGGCCACAGCAGUGCGCGGACAAGACCUUGCUCUAUUGGCCGCCUGAUGGGCGUUGUUACUAUAGACUAACCCAGGGCCCAUGUUACCCUGGAACUAUAUUGGAUUUGGGAGAUGAUGGCCUUGCUAAUUGCACCUGCGCACCAGAUAGUUCGCACUACUGGCGAGCAGAUGGCGGAUGCUAUGCGCACUACUCUAAAGGGCCUUGUGAGCGAGGCCAGCUGUUCCUACCUGGUGCCAGGUGUGGCUGUGAAGCUCACCUACCGCAUUAUCAUAAUGCCACUCAAGGAUGUUAUGAACUUGAUUCGCUUGGUCCUUGUCCUAAAGGCCAUGUCUUUGUCAUAUCCGAAGUUACCGGUAAUGGGUCACGUGCCGAAUGCAAGUGUAAAAACUUCCACGCUCGCGCGGAUGACGGAGCUUGCUAUCGACUUUACACAAGGGGCCCGUGCGGUCAAGAUGAAAUGAUCUCUAGAGGAGGACGUUGUGUUAAGGUGCCAUGUGGGCGCGGUCGGCUGUACGUGCCGGAGCGGCGGCGCUGCUACCGGGCCGGCGCCGCGGAGCCUUGUCGCGUGGGCGAACAUCUCGCCUUCGACUUCGACGCUCGCCCUGCACUGGACGGACUGAGCCACAAUGGCGUUUGUGUCUGCGGAGCUACUGGCCAGCCUUGUAAUCGACGGGAGGUUGCAGCGUGUUCUGCUCGCAAAGGUGCAGUCGUGUUCAAUGGAGCAUGCCAUAUACAGCACACGCAAGGGCCUUGCUCUAAAAACUCGUGGCUCGUUAAAGACAGUAAAGAGCAAGUCACUUGUCAAUGUAGACCUGAUGUCAGUGACUGUUCCACUAAAUUAACAAACAGUUGACAAAAACAUGUAUUAUAUAAUGUGCCUUAAAUUGUUCAGAAAUAAUGUUGGAUUUCGGCUUUGACGAUAAAUUUCGUUUGAAGAUUUCUUUGUUCGCAUGACAAUGGACCUGGCAUGAAGCAUGUUAUUUACAAGCCGAAUAUAAUACGAAGAAAAAUUUGGUACAGACGAAACGGUAAACAUUUUAAUUAUAAUAUUUAAAGAGUGGGUGGGAGGGGAGGAUAUUAUUUAUGGUAAUAUGUGUUGCAAUAAAAAUGUUUGUAGUGCAUAUAUUAUGUAGCAUAAUAUCUGUAUACUUCUAGUUGACGUGAAACAUAAACAUUGUGAAACUUUGUUUUACAUUGAUAUCUUGAAUAAACAUACACUACUGUAAAAAGCCAAGCUGGAGUUCACUAAGAUCAAACCAACCAAUCAACUACAAAGAACACAAAGCAAAUUUAAAAUUGAUGACAUUUUUUUUAGUGGUUUGUGAUCUUUAGCAUUUCUCGCUUUAAUAUUAUUCUCUGCUAUGAGACAGGGCCAAUGUGACAACGCAUGUAGCGUCAUAUUUAUGGCCCGUCCCCUGGAUAGCAGUGUCAGUCCAUCAGGUCUUUUUCCAUUAUCGCGACUAUCGAAAUUCAAUAAGAGCAGAAACGUUAACGUCGGCAAGAUCCCUAUUUUUUUAAUAUAAAACGUAUUUUAUAUACGUUUUAUUACAUAAGCCGUGGAUUAAAAAAUAUAUAAAAUAACAAACUUUUUCUGUUGCAAUUUUGUUACAAUUGUCAGUUUUAUAUUAUAUUUAGUAUGCUAAAAUUGUGGACAAAAUUUCAACUGAAUUCGUUGAAUGCAACUGUUAAAAAAAUAUUUUUAAUACUUGACCUACACAUACUAAAUAGAUAGAAUUAUCACGAAGAAAGGAUUAUAUAAUUAACUUUAGGAACUUUGUAUGAAUUUUUCUCGUACGAAGCUAAGACAGGCAGCUCGUUCAAAUGUCUUCGGAACAGUUAAUGCAUUUGAAUAAUGUAAAUAACGCUUAUUUAUAGACUUCAGAGAAAUUCAAUGUUUGUAUAAAGUAUUCAUCUAUUUUGGUACGAUCCAAUGUUUGAAUACCACAUUACCGACGUUAUUUAAGAAAGUUAUUUGUAACUGGAGGUUUUGAUCUCGAAUAGUUUAUUAAGAAUACAAAUGUAUUUAUUAUAUUCUAUUUACAAAUAUAAGUAAAGCCCUAUUUCGUAUUAA